GAUGGCAGCCAAACUGGCUAUCCUCUCUCGGAUUGAUUCCGGUGGAGAACGAGUGAAUGUUUACCUCUACGAUGACUGGUUUUCAACAGACAUCCGAGCCGACGAUGUCUUCAACGUUCUUGGAACUUUUUCUUCGCCGUUCUCCUCAUCAAGCCAGGGUCCUACCAAGUGCAUUUCAAUAACGGCUCAAGAAAAUCUUCUCAUCCUGCACCCUGAUCUCCUGCUGACCGCGACUGCGCUUUCGAAUGCGCCACAAUGCCGUCGCAAGCCUCUUCUUUCGACUCUCGUUCGGUCGACGAGUGAUAUCACUCCUGCGCUAGUCUGGGGCAGCAUACUCCAUGAGGUCAUGCAGAAGUGCCUCCAGGAGCAGAAGUGGGACGAGGCAUUCAUCGACAAGUGCAUUGACGAGGCGGUUUUAGGUGGCCUCGGGGAGCUGGUGAAGCUUGGAGUUUCGGAACAGAUUGCCCGGGUAGAGGUUAAGGAUCGGUCGAGAGGGCUGAGGUUGUUCGCGAACAAGUAUCUUGCAGAGACACCAAAGCCGGAAGCAGUCCUCAUGAACACCCGUUCUGCAGCCCGCGAUACGCCGUCGUUGUUGGCAAUAACUAAACUCCAUGACAUCGAAGAGGACAUCUGGUCGCCUACGUAUGGACUCAAGGGAAAACUGGACGCGACGGUUCAAGGCAUCAUCUCCGACUCACCAGCUUCUUCUCCCCAUUCUAAACCUUCGCCCUCUCCCACACAUCAACGCAUGUCGACCAACACGCCUCUGCCCCUCGAAUUGAAGACCGGCCGUGCCUCCGCGGGUAUGGAACAUCGAGCGCAGACCAUGCUCUACACCUUGCUUCUCAGCGAACGUUACGGCGCCGACGUGCAAGACGGACUCCUUUUUUACACCCAAAGUGAGACCGGAGAGGUCGUCAGAGUCCCGAGAGGGCGAAACGAAGUACGUGGACUCAUCGGCGCAAGAAACGAGUUGGCGGCGUAUAUGUGGCGUCGGAUCCGAAACGUGAAAGGGAAGAUGAAGGAGGAGACGGAGAUUGAUAUCGAAGACACGAUAGCUCCAGCCAUGGAUAACGAAGAGCCAUUCCUCCCUCCUCCGAUCGACGACGAACGGGCGUGCAAAUGGUGCUACGUGCAGGACGUAUGUAUGCUCUUCCGGAAGACACACCCGAACCACUCCGGUAACGCAAAGAAUAAGAUGAAAAAGAUGAAAUACGACCCGCCCAUCCCCCCGUUCCUUGCCGACAUUUUUGACGAAAAGACGGGACACCUCUCGCCUUCUCAAGUCGAGUUUUUCAGGAAAUGGGAGCGUCUCCUCGCACUGGAGGAGAAGGACCUCGUGCGGUUCAAGAGGGAGCUUUGGACGUUCGGUGCGGAGGAAAGAGAACGAAGAGGCAGGUGCUUCGCAGGCAUGAUCCUGGUGCGAGAAUGGAAGAAGGGUGAUAAGGGUGUGGAAGGUAGCAAGUGGGGGAAGGAGGGCAAGAUUCAUCAAUUCACUUACGCCUUUCGACGAGCAACUACAACCUCAUUGACGCAGCACUCGCCAGGAAACAGUUCCUGGUCGUCAACGGCGUCGACAUUGGUUGGCACCCCACCGUUUGCAAGCCCCAGCUCCACGCUGGUGCCGACACCCUCGACACCAAGCGCCAACUUUUCGCGAAGUCAACACUCGACGCCUGAUAGCAGGAGUCUGCUCAACGGGCACCUCAACAUCGGCGACCCCGUCACAAUAUCGGCCGAACCUCUCUUUGCUCUCGUGCAAGGGUAUAUCCUCGAACUUACCCCGGAAGAGGUUGUCGUCGGUGUCGACCAUGCCCUUGACGUUUCGGCCAUCUCGGCAAGAUUGCGUAAAGGCAGGGACGACGUAUUUAACGAGGAGCAGGUCAUCUUUCGCAUAGACAAAGAUGAACUUUUUGGUGGUAUGGCGCGUGUGAGGAACAACCUCGCGCAACUUUUCUAUGCCGACGGAGACCGUAGGAGGCUACAGCUCGUCGUGGAUCUCAAGCAGCCUGAGUUCUGCGACCCCUCCCCGCCCUUCCUCCCUUCCGCGUCCUCUGUGUACAAACACCUCAACCCCUCCCAGAUCAGCGCGAUGCAUCGCAUCCUCUCUGCCCAGGACUAUGCCCUUGUACUAGGCAUGCCAGGUACAGGCAAGACGACGGUCAUUGCGGCGCUGAUUACGGAGCUCGUUCGGCGCGGCAAGACUGUCCUGCUCACGAGCUACACGCACUCGGCGGUCGACACAAUUCUAAUGAAGAUGGGUGGGCGGGACGCCGAUGGGGGUGCGUUCGGCAUACUUCGCCUAGGAAAUGUGGAUAAGGUCCAUCCUGAGGUGCGAAAGCACAUGCUAAAUGGGCGCAGGGAAGCAAAGACGGUUGAGCAGCUUGAGAGAAUGAUUAUGUUGCCACCCGUGGUGGCUACUACGUGUUUGACGAUUGAUCGCCCGCUGUUCUUCCGCCGCAAGUUCGAUUAUUGCAUUGUUGACGAGGCAUCGCAGAUCACGUUACCAACAUGUCUUGGCCCACUGAGGUUCGCAGACACUUUUGUUCUCGUAGGUGAUCAUUACCAGCUCCCGCCUCUGGUGAAGAAUCCCGAUGCACGCCGAGGUGGCUUGGACGUGUCCCUCUUCCGACGUCUUUCGGACGCUCAUCCAGAGGCUGUCGUGGAUUUGCGCUUCCAGUACCGGAUGAACGAGGAUAUCAUGCUGUUGUCUAACCGCCUCAUUUACGACAAUCGGCUACGCUGCGGAAACAAGGAGACUGCGAAGAGGUCUCUAGCACUGCCUGACAGAUCAUUCUUUACGCGGUUGCAUGCUUCGAAGUACCGGGAGGAUGAAUGCAAGACCAAUUGUUGGUUGGAAAAGUUGGCUGACGAGAGUUGCAAAGCAGUCUUCGUUGACACAGAUGCCUUGCCAGCCAGGGACUCGCGGGUCGGCGAUCUCGUUCAGAACGUGGUUGAGGCUGAGCUUAUACGCCAGUUCGCGGAGACCCUCCUCGCGUGUGGCGUAUCUGAGUCCCAGAUUGGGAUCAUUUCGCUGUACAGACAGCAGGUUAAGCUGUUCAAGCACCUCUUUCAGGAUCGUCGAGGCCUGGAGAUUUUGACCGCGGAUAAGAGCCAAGGCAGGGAUAAGGAUUGUAUCCUCGUCUCGCUCGUCAGGUCCAACGACGAAGGACUGAUCGGAGACCUCGUCAAAGACUGGCGCCGGAUGAACGUCUCUUUCACGCGUGCUCGCAGCAAACUUGUCAUCUUCGGUUCACGAAGGACUCUCCGAAGCGAUCCUCUCCUUGCGCAGUUCUUUUCGCUGAUGGAAGAAAAGCGGUGGGUGCUGGAGCUCAAGCAUGGUGCACACACUGCGCACCAGGCUGUGUUUGAUGUGUGUUCGACUCCUGCCAAGCGUGCAGCUCCGCCUGGAGCAACACAAGAGCUAGAGGGAAAGACCAUCGGGAAGGAGAACAUUUCAUUUGGGUCUCCGGAAAAGAACCUGGAGAAGGAGAAGCGCCCAUUGAAGAAGAUGAAGCAUUUGAAGAAGCUUCAAGCUUCGGACGUUAAUAGAACGGGAUCCGUUGGCCUGUUAAGAGGCCGACCGAUCUUGAAGGAUUUGGUAGGACACGAAGCGUA